AUGCAAGAGCCUGGUGAUCUACUGGGUUCCCCAGGCCUCUCAGAGUCUGCAGCGCCCCCAGAUACCCCAAGUCCUCCAGGUCCCUCUGGGCUUCUAGUGUCCCCAGGGACCCCAGUGGUAUCAUACCCUGCACGGCAGCGGCAGGAGCGCACCUUCUACAAUUCCGAUCAAGUGGGCCUACUGGAGAAGGUGUUCCAGAGGACCAAGUACCCCAACUACCAGGAACGCGUGGCCCUGGCGGAAAAGAUCAACGUGCAGGAUCACCAAGUCCAGGUCUGGUUCAAGAACCGCCGAGCCAAAUUGUCUCGACAGAAACUUCAGCAAUCAGCGCAGCCCUUUCCCAGGCCGCAGGGCUACCGGUCCCUCGCUGCGCCCAGCCGCCGGGUGCCCCCUGGCCAGGUGCACGGCCCAAUGCACGGCCUGGCUUGCAGCCCUGGGUUCCUUGCUCUUCCCAGCCGGGCAGGUGUCUUAGCAAACCGCCACCUCUCCAGCUAUAGCCAGGCCUUGGCAGACCCGGUGUGGGACGCCCAGGAGUGCACAAUGGCAGGCAGCCCCGCGGGCUGGCCUCAGACCCCGGAUGCCCUGGACGUCAAGUCGGAACCCGAGUUGUUGCCUGGCUUCAAUGAGGUCCUCGCACCCCGGAACCCCUUCAGGGAAUACUUGGGCCCUGCCAAGACACCCGAGUACCCUUCCUGGGAUGACUUUGAAGACAAGGACAAACUAUGGCCACGACAUUACUGA